GUAAUUCCGUUCCCCCGCACCGCCACACCCACGCAGAUCUCGAACUCUCUCCCCCUCCUCCGAUAAAUCAGUGCCCCAGCACCGCCGCGCCUCCUCUACCCGUACAACCUCUGCACUUCACCGGAUCGGACCACAACCACCACUACCACACCACCACCAUGGGAGUCCCCGCGUUCUACAGGUGGCUAGCGGAUCGGUAUCCACAGUCAAUCGUUGACGUUAUCGAGGAGGAGCCAAAAGAAGACGUGAGUGGGAACGUGAUACCAGUCGACGUCUCUAAACCUAAUCCGAACGGUAUCGAAUUCGAUAAUUUGUAUCUCGACAUGAAUGGAAUAAUUCACCCCUGUUUUCACCCCGAGGGCAAGCCUGCACCUGCCACCUAUGAUGAUGUAUUUAGAUCAAUAUUUGACUACACUGACCAUGUCUUUUCGUUGGUUCGUCCAAGGAAGCUUCUUUACAUGGCAAUUGAUGGUGUUGCACCCAGAGCUAAAAUGAAUCAGCAACGCUCUCGGCGCUAUAGAGCUGCAAAGGAUGUUGCUGAGGCUGAAGCUGAAGAGGAGAGAUUGAGAAAAGAGUUUGAGGCUGAGGGAAAAAAGUUGUCUAUUAAGGAAAAGCCUGAAACGUGUGACUCAAAUGUCAUCACGCCUGGCACUGAAUUUAUGGCAGUGCUAUCUGUAGCGCUUCAGUAUUACAUACAAACUAGAUUGAACAACAAUCCUGGCUGGCGGAGUACCAAGGUUAUUCUUUCUGAUUCAAAUGUUCCUGGUGAGGGAGAACACAAGAUCAUGUCAUUUAUUCGGUCACAACGUAACCUUCCUGGUUUCAAUCCAAACACUCAACAUUGUCUGUAUGGUCUGGAUGCUGAUUUGAUCAUGUUGUCUUUAGCUACACACGAGGUUCACUUUUCAAUAUUAAGAGAGGUGAUCACUCUUCCUGGACAACAAGAAAAAUGUUUUCUUUGUGGCCAAGUUGGUCAUUUUGCAGCAGAGUGCCUUGGUAAGCCAGAUGAUCGAACAGGAGAUGGGAAUGCUGUAGAUAACACUCCAGUUCACAAGAAGAAAUAUCAGUUCCUAAACCUAUGGGUGUUGCGAGAAUAUUUGCAAUAUGAUUUGGAGAUUCCCAAUCCUCCAUUUGAGAUUAACUUUGAAAAGAUAGUGGAUGAUUUUGUUUUUCUAUGUUUCUUUGUUGGCAAUGACUUCCUUCCGCAUAUGCCAACAUUGGAAAUCAGGGAGGGUGCCAUAACUCUACUGAUGCAAGUUUAUAGAAGUGAAUUUGCUGCUAUGGGUGGUUAUCUUACUGAUGCGGGUGAGGUAGUGUUAGAUAGAGUGGAGCAUUUUAUCCAGUCUGUUGCAGUUUAUGAAGAUCAAAUCUUUCAGAAAAGGACUCGUAUACAGCAGGCAAUUGAGAAUAAUGAGCAAAUGAAACUUAAAGCAAAGGCAGAGGCAUCUGAAGAGCCACCAGUCCCUAUCCAAGAUAAGAUUAAACUAGGGGAGCCAGGAUACAAAGAAAGAUACUAUGCUGAGAAAUUUGACCUGUCCAAUCCAGAAGACAUUGAAGAAGUUAAAAAAGAUGUUGUUUUAAAAUACAUUGAAGGCUUAUGCUGGGUGUGCCGCUAUUACUACCAGGGUGUUUGCUCUUGGCAAUGGUUUUAUCCCUAUCACUAUGCUCCAUUUGCUUCUGAUCUUAAAGACCUAUCUGAUUUGGAAAUAACAUUUUUCUUGGGCGAGCCAUUUAAACCGUUUGACCAGCUCAUGGGAACACUGCCAGCUGCAAGUUCUAGUGCUUUGCCAGAAGAAUAUAGAAAAUUAAUGACUGACCCAUCAUCACCUAUUUAUAAGUUCUAUCCCUCUGAUUUUGAGAUUGACAUGAAUGGUAAACGUUUUGCAUGGCAGGGCAUUGCCAAAUUGCCAUUUAUUGAUGAGAAGAAGUUGCUUGCUGCAACAAAGAAGCUUGAAGCUACUCUAACGGCAGAAGAGCAGAUUCGAAACAGUGUGAUGCUUGAUCUGUUAUAUUUACAUCUUCAUCACCCAUUGGCCCAACUAAUCACUUCGUGCUACCAAACAUCCUAUUAUUUUCAGCCACAUGAAAAAUUCAUUUGGCCAAUUGACACAAUUGCUAGUGGUGGAAUGAAUGGAUGCCUUUGUAUAUCUGAAAGGAAUGGUUGGCCACGUGUGGUGCCUUCCCCUGUUAAAGGAUUGCCAAAUAUUGAAUAUAACCAAGUUUUAAACAUUGCAUACCGUAAUCCUCAAUGUCAUAGGCACAUCCCAGAACCACCAGUAGGUGUAGUUAUGCCCAAAAAGGUCCUCACUCCAUUAGACAUUAAACCAUUCCCUGUCUUAUGGCAUGAAGAUAAUAGUAGUGGCAGGCGCCAGCGAGCCAGAGACAGACCACAAGUACUUGGAGCCAUAGCUGGCCCUCAGCUUGGAGAAGCAGCUCAUCGUCUUGUAAGGAAUACACUUAAUAUCAAAUCUAAUGGUCCAUCGUCUGGGUUUUUGGAGUAUCAGCCAUAUGAUAAUAUCCCAAGCAACUACAUUAGCAAUAGGCCAAGACCAGCGGGCCCAUCAGGUUAUGAGAGGGGUGUUUUUAAUGAUCGGAAUUAUUUUUAUGGACAGCACAGCUAUCAGCAAGGCAUAAUGGGUAACCCUAGAUAUCCAUUCUCAUCAAAUGGUACUCAAGGCAGCAGAAACAACUUUAGGGGACAGGAUAGAUCACCUUAUCAAGAGCAUUAUCAUGAUUAUCAUCAGGUGGUGCAGGGCAUGGGCCGACUUCCAUCUCCACCUACCAAAUGGACCAAUAGAACGGAUAGUGGAAAUGCUGGAAUUGACUACAAACAGGAAACCAUGUAUGGUGGUGCUUAUGAGAAGCAGGUGAAGAAGGUUUAUCAGGUCAAGACACAGGUCCCACAGGGAAUGACUGAUCCUGAAAACCAGCAGAGAUAAUAAAUUUGGAUGGUGUUGCCUGUUUUUUCAGUCAAGGCACCUCCAUCUAACAGUAAUAGGUAACUUUGUUACUGGUUUUUAAGCUUUUAUCUGAUCACAUUCGCCAUAUGAAAUUCCAUUUUUCAACUCCUUGUGCUACCUGAAGGUUAGAAUGUCAUAGCAGUGAUAGCACUAGAUGAUGCCCAUUUGGUUUCAUAAACACAUGGUUGCAUGUGGAUUACAUUGUCAUGUAGAAGAGACUAGAGAGGUUGGCUAUCUGCUUAUAAAAUCAGGAAACUGACGCUGGUCUGACAUUGUAGUUUCAUAUGGUUCUGGCCAUAGGCAUUUUGAAGGUGAAAAAAAUUGUAGUCUGAGUUGUAAACAUGUCAGAAGUCUAUUUCACUAGGGGUGUAGUAGCAUUAUUCAUGUGGUUCGUAAAACCGUACCGUCUUGUACUUCAGUUGUUCAGGUUAGUAGAUCAGCCAUCAAUGUUUGUAAUGCCUCAUAGGAAAUGUCGGGGUGAGUUGGAUGCCCAUUUCCAAGUAAGCUGCAAAAUUCUUUCUGUUCUAUGCACAAAUUCUGUAGUUUCCAUUUAUGUUGUACAUUGGUUUAGGGUGAUGAGAAGCAGGCUAGGGAGAGGGACGUCAUUCUCGAUACACGGCUUUUCUGAAAGGAAUAAGUAGACUUGUUUGUCUGAAUAGAUGUAAUUCGAAUUAUAUUGUACUGUUCAAAUUAAACGUACUUUCAAUUGUCUCUCUUGAAAGAUUCCCUCUCCUUCCAACUCGCAACAUAAGAUU